UCCCCGCUCCGCCCCUGGCGGCCGACGGCGGGGCUCGCCGGGCGCCGUGAGUCAGUGCCCAGUAAACAUUGGCGUGAGCCGCGCCGGCUCCGCCAUGGUGGCGGCGCCGUGAGAGAGGGGGACGCGGCGGCGGGCUGGGCGCGGCGGCGGCGGGCGGCUGGGGGGCCGGGGCCAUGGACGAGCUCAAGCACCAGGUGAUGAUCAACCAGUUCGUGCUGGCGGCCGGUUGUGCCGCCGACCAGGCCAAGCAGCUGCUGCAGGCGGCCCAUUGGCAGUUCGAGACUGCUCUCAGUGCUUUUUUCCAAGAAACAAACAUCCCCUACAGCCACCACCAUCAGAUGAUGUGCACUCCUGCCAACACGCCAGCCACGCCGCCCAACUUCCCCGAUGCCCUCACCAUGUUCUCCCGCCUCAAGGCCUCCGAGAGCUUCAACAGCAGUAGCCCCGUGGCCUCCAUGGCAACCUCCCCACCACCCCCAGCCCCACCACUGCCCCAGCACGGGGCCUUCAACUCUACCUGGCCCACGGCUUCCCCCCCUGGCCAGCAGCAGAGCAUGUGGACUCCGGCUGCCACGGCGCAGCCCUCGGGCUGGCCAGCCGCCGUCUCGCAGCAGGCCACAGCAGAACAGAAGGCCAAUGUGACCAUGGAAGCAGAGAGAUGAGGCCGCGGCGGAGAGCGAACGCGGUGGGGACCCCUGCAUAUAAAUAUCUAUUUCCCCCCCCCCUCCCCGAAGAGGAGAGGAACUCUGCUGCCAGGCAUCUGGCAGCCGCAGAGACACACGAGCAAAUAGCUGCCUUGCAUGGGUUUGGUUUGAAGUAGUUUUUACUUGUCCUCGAGCUGAACAGAGCUCCCCAGAGACAGCAGGAGGCUGCGUGGGACAUGGGACUGGUGGUGCCCUCUACCUGGGACCCUGCUGCCUCUGUGGGCUCAGGGAGGGAGUGCCCCCUUCUCUUUUGGGACACCGGAGUUUGCAUGCGAGUGACAUUUACAGAGGCGGUCCCUUCUUCAUAGUCCCCUGGGCCACCUCACUGGGCAGAGUGGAUUGUGCCUGAGUGUUUCCCCCCAUCCCUUGGCCCCACUUGAGCAGGUGGAGGGCAGACGCAGACACCCCACACAACUUGUUUUUUUUUAAGGGCUGGAGAGAGCAAGGGCUGCUCCUGCUCGGCUGCAGCCUUUGCCCCGCAUGCGCCAUGCUCGCUGGUGAGCAGGGCUGGGGGACACCAGCUCCUGGGGAGGCGUCUGGCCUCUCAUCCAGCCCGGACAAUGCGGAGCAGGGGGUGACCCAUGGUGGCCCGGCUGGGCCAGCACAUCCUCCCCUGCCCUCCUGGGAUGGGGUUUGCCCAGGGCUGUUUGCAUGACACAGUGUAACCCUAGAGACUGGGAUCAUUUUUAACCCCUCUGUUCUUUUCUCCUGGCGGCUGGAAGUCCCUCUGGACACGCCGCAGCCGCUUGCAAUACACGCUCUUCUGCUUUGAA